CAGAGGUUUAAUUUUUGAUGUUCGUGGUAGACUCUCUGUGCCCAGCAGUAAGACCUAUAUAAACUGCUGAUGAUGAAUACAGUGUAAAAGUACCUAACAAAAUAAUAACGGCCGUUCUUACGUAAGACCAGUGUUCAUAAAGUUGACACCAUUUUCAGUAUUAUAGGACCAAUAUUUGUCUGACUCCAGUCAUAUAAAAAGAGUCCAGUUUUCAAGUCAAUCGAGUACAAAAUGUUUUGUGAAUGUGCGGACGAGUGUUCAGAGUAAUAAAAGAUAAACCCUACGCAUGUUAUUAGGCCGCUUUAAGCCCCUUAUAGCCCGGGAGUUGAUGUCAGCUUUAACCUCGUCUGUGUGUGAUCCUGACAGAUUUUUUGGUCAUAUUAACUUUUAACCGGUUUUUUCUUCUCUAUAUAGCACAACUAAGAUGACCCAUGAUUUGUGACCACCACACACAUAUGAAAGGUUAAGCAAUAACUCAUUGAGUUUCAAAUUACAUAAAUUAAGUUUGUAUUUUAGCAAGUAUUAAUUGAUGCGUACGUACGUAAUGCCCUGAGAGUAACAUCAAAAUUGCAUCAUGAUAAUAAAUCAAGUUGGAUUAUAAACUUUGAAUCGGCUUCCCGUGAAAAAUCUUUUCGGCACAGCCCGAUAAAAUAAAAGUUUUCAGAAAACAGUUGAUGAAAGAUAGAAGCAGACAAUAUAGGCGGUCCUAUCGCUAAUAGCCAACUCGUCCAGCCAACCUUUGGGUAAGAGAAUCUGAUAAAUUAAGUGAUUCAAAAACAUUAGGCGUUGCAAAAUCAUUCAGAAAUCGUGAAAUAUCCGCAUUUAUAAAAGAAAUAUCUGCCCUGCACGUUGCACAAUAGUCCACGGUUUAUUAUAUCCAUUCGUUUUAUUUCGACUCGUAAACACGAACGGAAUUACCUCCACAGUACGAAACACGUCUCUGAUAUGCAUCGUCUGUUAUAUUUUUCAAUUUUACUGUGUUCCUUGUUGCCAUCAAAAGCAGCCCAUAUCAAAGUCACCAACGUGAACGCCACAAAUGUGAACGAAACACAUAUAGAAACAGUAGAAGAAAUCGAUCAUGCAAACGAGACAGCGGCACAAAUUGAAAUACUGCAGGAAGAGAAAGAAGAUCUAUACAUCAAAAUUAACAAAGCUAUCGACGAAGCUAUACCAGAACUUGAAAAAAGUAAUGAUACUGAUGCAAUCACCGGUCUUGAAAAUUUGAAAACUUUAAAAAAGCAGAUAAAAGAAAUACAUGAAGGUAGUGAUAGUUAUGAGAGAAACUCCAGUGAUGUAAAUACAAAUUUCAGACGAAAAAUAUCAAUAAGUAUUGAUAGGCAAGGGAAACAUGAUUGGAACAAACAGAAGAAGAAGAACGAAUUUUACGAAAAAUUGGCAAAGAGUAAAGAUAAGAAGUAUACUAGUUUGCCGAGGGUGUUGAAUCGGCAGAAGAUAGCGGAGCAGAUACAGCUAUGGUUGCUCAAACAACAGGAGGAAAAGAGGAAGAUCAGGGAAAUGCAAGUAAAAUUGAAGAUCGACUUCGAGCGCUGCCCCGACUUCGGCCGAGGCAGGGAGAAGAAGAAGAAGACGUCGAACGGCAAGGGCGUCAAGUCCCACUACUUCCCUUGCUGCAGAAAGUGCUGCAAGAAAUCCUACCUCGGCUGCUUAUAGAUCCCAGGAUCCUUUCAGGAGAUAUUAUUAGUCACGCAACAUAUUUUGGAGAACCUGGAUGCAUUUAAAAGAAAGAGAC